AUGCCUCCCCAGCCGAAGUUGGAGAGCUUCAUCUCAGACGACUCCAGCUUCUACGGCGAUGAAGAUGAGAUAUCCGAAAUGGAAGACCGUGCUGCGGAAUUUGAUCCAAUACGAUACUGGCGCACAUCACACUCCACGAACCUCGCUGUGAUUGCAUACUCCCAACGGUUGGCUGCGGAGAAUAGGCCAUCCACUGAAUGCCUAGAUGGAGCAACUAUAAUAGAAACAGAAGUGACACAGAGACAUCCCCACGACGGCCGCGAAUAUUGUCGCCAAGCUACCGAAUCCGUCGCCUCCUUUAUUAAUCGUCUUCCGCCAAGUACAACCAAAGCAGCAGACAUAGGGCCGUGGAUAUUCAUUGCAAAUCGAGAGGCCCCCAGACCAGUGGUGCCCAAUAUAGACCGAUUAAUCGAAAACGGUGGAAGGCUACUAGAGGACUUUGAGGAGGACCUGGCGGAAAUUCAAAAUGAACCUAAAAGCAAAUCAAGCGCGGGAAAGGCGGCUGUGACACGGAAGAUUAACUCGAAGCGGCGGAAACUGGAAACUGACUUAUUGCAAACCGCCCGUGACAAUGGACUUGCGACGGGGAAGUGGAUGUUGUUCCCUUCAGCAGAGAGCUUGGAUGAAACUUGGGCAGCCGUGGCUGACGCAACGGCCAAAGGCACGUUGGGGAUUGAAGCUAAAGUUGCCACCGACCCUGAAAAUGGAGCAUCCUCAAAGCCUCGAUUGAUCUGUGUUUACACCAGAGAUUUUUGGGACAAGGAGGACGUUCGCAGAGUUCUGCUGAAGUUGGUAGACAUGGGCGUGGUGAGCAAAGCAAAGGGAAGCUCGGCUCGUCCAAUAUACUAUAAAUGCGACGUGUAUACGCAUCUGAACAUCAUGUCUGGUAAUAAAUGGGGUUUAAAACCUACAUUGUGUUCAAGCACAGAAGUGUUGGCGAACAAGUUGUGA